AUGGCUUCCUCAUCACCUGCAAUCCUUCCUAUCACCAACCCCCCAAUAACCACCACCGCCGAAUCUCAAGCCCCCGUGGCCACUCCUGCCGUCCGUGCAUUCAUCAGCCACAUCUCUGAAACAGUCCGCAACGGCCUCUCCCAACGCCGCCCAUGGUCGGAGCUCGUUGAACGCUCGGCCUUCUCCAAGCCUGAGUCUUUUUCCGAUGCCACCCUCCGCAUCCGCAAGAACUACUCCUAUUUCAAGAUCAAUUACCUUUCCGUGAUCACCGUCGUCCUCGCUUUCUCUCUCCUUACAAACCCUUUCUCUCUCCUCCUCCUUUUGGGUCUCCUCUCCGCCUGGCUCUUCCUCUACCUCUUCCGUCCCUCAGAUCCCCCUCUUGUCCUGUUCGGCCGCACCUUCUCCGAGCGUGAAACCCUAGCCGUUCUGACCGUGUCCUCGAUUGUUGUGAUUUUCCUCACCAGUGUUGGAUCGGUUCUUAUCUCUGCUCUCAUGGUUGGAUUGGCGAUUGUGUGCACUCAUGGGGCUUUUAGGGUUCCCGAAGAUCUGUUUCUUGACGAACAAGAACCUGCUGCUACUGGAUUUCUGUCCUUCCUCUCUGGUGCCGCCUCCAGUGCUGCCCCUACCGUCGCUCCUGCCGUUGCUGCACGCGGCUGA